AUGAAAUAUAUUUUAGUAUCAGGAGGUGUAAUUUCUGGAAUUGGUAAAGGUAUCUUUGCCUCUUCACUAGGACUUUUAUUAAAAACUCUUGGUUUAAGAGUGACUGCAAUAAAAAUUGACCCAUAUAUGAAUAUUGAUGCUGGAACUAUGAGUCCUAUUGAACAUGGUGAAGUGUUUGUGUUGAAUGAUGGUGGUGAAGUUGAUCUUGAUCUUGGUAAUUAUGAAAGAUUUUUGGAUGUUACCCUUACAAGAGAUAAUAAUAUUACUACAGGGAAGAUAUAUCAAAAAGUCAUCAACAGAGAAAGAAAAGGAGGGUAUCUUGGAAAAACUGUUCAAGUGGUACCACAUAUAACUGAUGCAAUUCAAGAAUGGGUUGAAAAUGUUUCUAAAAUACCAGUUGAUUCAAGUGGUCAAGAACCUGAUGUUUGCAUAAUUGAGCUUGGUGGUACAGUUGGUGACAUUGAAUCUGCUCCAUUUGUUGAAGCAAUGCGUCAAUUUCAAUUUUAUGUUGGACAUGAAAAUUUUGCAUUAGCCCAUGUUUCAUUGGUUCCUAUAGUUGGUCCAGAUUCACAAUUAAAAAUACCAAACAGUUUAUCAAGUAAUCGACAUAAUUUUGAAAUAUCUGCUAAAUCAUUUUCCUCUUCUACUUUUUCUACUGAUCUAAUCGAAAAGCCUACAUGA